AACCUGAAUGAUCAGAUGCAGCUUUGCUCAACGGGCUCCACAUUUCGCACAGCUGGUUAGAAUACUCCUGAUGAGACCCAACUGCACCAACUCGGUUUACUUUCCAACGUUCGUUCAAAUAGUCGUGUGAAGGUUAUUUUGACUCGUUGUUUUGUCAGAUAGGUUGUUAGUAGAUGACAAGCUGGAAAUAAACUGUGUUGUAGUGUAAAUUAGAAGUAACACAGAGAAACUUUUUCGAAUUUUUUAAAGUUGCAGCCGAGAUGGAUUCAACAGAGAAACUAAACCAAAAUAAAAACUCAGACGUCAAGAAAGUGGUACCCAAGUCUGAGUAUUUCGGGGGUUUGAUGUCUUUACCAACAUGCCUGUGCUUCAUGUUGUCAGUCAGUUCGGUGGCGUUUUGUUUUUUGUUAAGCAUCAAAACUUUUCAUUUGGAAAGCAGAGUGAAAGUUUUGGAGAAAGGAAACGCACCAGUGUUUGCUCCUGCAGAAACCAAUAUUCUUACUGAGGGUGGGACUCUAUUACCUGUGAUCCGAGAUACGAUAGAAAGUAUUCUGCAAGAGAGGGUAAAUGAAGCAUUGCCUAGACUGCGGACAGCCAGGAACCUGCAGGCACAGUGCUCCUGCCCUCCAGGGCCUCCAGGAAAACGUGGGAAGGCGGGAAGGCAAGGCGAUCAUGGGCCUCCAGGAACACCAGGACGAGAUGGCUACCCGGGUCCACUUGGUAUGGAUGGGAAGCCGGGCCCCCCUGGACCGAAAGGAGAUAAGGGUGACCUAGGGGAUGCUGGUCCAAGGAUGGUCUUUCCACGCUUAGAUCACGGAUUCCUCUCCGGUGAUCAGCCGAACUUUCAAAGGAGGAUUCUGAAGGGGGAUCAGGGGCAGGCUGGCCCACCAGGGCCACCUGGCCCUCCAGGACCCAGGGGACCCCCAGGGAAUACAGGCAAAGACGGACCACGGGGACCUCCAGGAGAGCCGGGAGAAGAUGGUGCUCCUGGACAGAAGGGAGAGAAGGGUAUUAUGGGUUUCCAAGGUGAAAGAGGAGUCGAUGGAUUGUCAGGAACUAAGGGGGAGAUGGGAGCACCUGGAAUUCCUGGAUUCCCUGGGCUAAAGGGUGAACCAGGAAAUGAAGGGCCAGCUGGUCCCAGGGGUCUACCUGGUCAAAAGGGUCAUCAAGGAGCAACUGAGAUCAUAGACUACGAUGGAAGAAUACAUGAAGCCCUUCAGGCUAUCCAGACUAUCAGUGUCAUGGGCCCUGCUGGUCCCCCUGGCCCGCCCGGUCCCAAGGGAGAGGUGGGACCCAAGGGUGAAUUGGGAUUACCAGGUACAGCUGGAGUGGAUGGAGAACAGGGUCCUAAAGGUGGGAAAGGAGAGGUCGGGAUCCCAGGGUUAGCUGGUCAGAAAGGAGAGAAGGGGGAGAUGGGCUUGUCCGGUCCUGCGGGUAUUGAUGGACAGAAAGGGGAGAAGGGAGAACCUUGCCCAUCUAGCUUGGAAGACCAUAUUGUCCAGAUGAUCUCUCAGCCUGGACCGCCAGGGCCUCCCGGUCCACAAGGUCCCAUUGGGCUUACAGGAGCUCCAGGCCCUGAGGGGGAAUCUGGGUUAGACGGCUUGAACGGAGAGAAGGGGGAGCCUGGAGAGAGGGGUCCUCCAGGUCCCACAGGUUUGGUUGGCCUUCCCGGUACCAAGGGAGAAAAGGGAAAGACUGGGGAACCAGGAUUAGAUGGUUUUCCAGGGCUACGAGGUGAAAAGGGGGACCAGGGUGUGAAAGGAGAUAAGGGGGAGAGAGGGACAACAGGAAAGAGAGGACUAAAGGGGCACAAAGGAGAGCAAGGACCCCCUGGAUUGGACCAGCCGUGUCCAGUGGGGACUCCAGGAAGUAGAGGAGGCCAGGGGGUGGUGGGCUUGCCUGGCCUGGAUGCUCCCUGUCCCUUGGGUCCAGAUGGACUGCCUAUACCAGGAUGUUGGCAUAAGUGAUCUCUAACCAUCGAGCAUGGAGUGUGUACAUAUUGAUAUGCUAUAUUUUGUGGGUUGAAGCGUUUUUUAUAAUAUAUUGAGCUAUUAUAUUGGACACGGUGUAUGAAAAAAAAUGGAACCACAAAGAACUCUACUGACCCUCUGAAAAAAUUAAUAAACUGCAGCAAAUGAACUUUCCAGUGCUGUGGGCGAUGAAGUGCUGCUACAUGGAUUAAUAAUGAUCCCUAACAUUAUUAACAAUGACUGAUCAUCCUUGUGAACACAGGGGAGUGAUGCAUGGAACACUAGUUCACAUGUUAAGCUUCACAGCUCUAAGGAACAGUUUGCUUUUUCUUCCCACUAAAAGGGAGAACCAGCUUGGUUCAAACCCAAGAGGAAACGAAUGUCUCAGCCUUAGACGUCCACAUUGAAAGAAACUUGUUUUCUGGGCUUCUCUACAUGAAGGAACGGAGGGCCCAUUGGAAGAGGGCUGCCAGCCUGCAUGGGAUUGCACCAGUGUGGAUCCCAACCCUUUAUUAUACUGGGAACAGGGCGCUUGAAGCUGCAGCUCUCACAGACCAGGCCGGUCUUGUGUUCCCUGCAAGAACUCCAAAUAAAAUAGCAAACCAACACUCAUUCGCCUCCAUUCUUCCAGAAGGGGACAUGAAGCACACGUGUCAUUUUAUUUAGCACAUCUCUGUUAAUGUAAAAAUGCUGCACUGAAGAAAGGCAUUUCUUUUCAUUUUUAAACAGUUGGGAUUGUAUCUUCUUUUUUAACCCACCUGUUAGUACACAUGGGGAAAGUAAGAUAUUCUCUGGUAUUAAUAUUUUAAGAUGAACAUACUGUCAGUAAGUCAGUUUUCUUUUUUAUAGUCUAUAAUAUGGCUUGAUUUACAUUUAUGAUCAUAACAGGUAAAGCAAAGCCUAUAUAAUACGUAUUUUACAAUUACAAUGCAUGGUGUUUUUAAAGCAAGUUUGAUUUUUUUGUCAUAUUUUAAAGCAAGCUGAAGUUUUGUAUUUAAAAGAAAUUAAGUGCAUGAAGAUAACCCCCAUUUUUUAAAAAUGUAAUUUCUAAAUCACUGACAAUUCACUGAGGGUCGUGUUGACGUGAUUUUGCCGAACAUGGUUGGCAUUUUCUUUUACACUUUUUUCAGUAUUACAAGACUGGCUAAUUGAAGUUAUGCAUGUAUCACAAAUACAAUUGUUUGCAAUUGUGUUUAAAAUAACUUGUCAGAGUGCACAGACAUAUCAGUGUCAGGAGUGUGGUAUAAAUAGUCUGGUAGUUUAUAUAUACAGUGCCUAUAGAAAGUCUACAUCCCCUUGAACUUUUUUCACAUUUUGUUGUGUCAGUGCCUCAG